GCGGCAAAUCCUGUUAUGUCUGCCCCUUUGUCUACGGGACCCUUCUUUGUACAUUUCGCGCCAUGCGUCGUUUCUGCAGUGUUGAGAGAAUGAAGUAAUGGCUCUUCUUUAUGUAUGUAAUGAACCUCAGUCCGGCCAGCGAUGAAUCAUACCCCCAGCCACUACACCAUCUUCAGGUGUUUCGCUGGGAAAAGAGACCAUGAAGACAGGUGCAAAUAUCCUUGCUCCACAUGACAUCUCGACAACUCGCAAUGUUUGCUCUGCAUGUGUUCAUGAAAACACAAACAACCAUAUAACCGGGUGGUCACAAGCGACCAGAGCCCUGAACAGAUUCCUCCAUGAUGGAACAGAAACUGCGGCUGCAAUGUGGCUAACAGUCCCAAUCAUCCGUGACUGGGCAAAGCAUAUGCCUUGUAUGUCUACAAAUCACUACACCUGGCUACGACAAUCAAAUGCUUCUAUCUGCAAUCUCGAUUUCAAAGACCUUUUCAUCUCCAUAACACCUUGUGCCAAUCCCGCACUGUUUAGAAUACAAGGCUCGAGAGAAAUUGGCAAUACCAAGCGGCUCUCGUGUGUGCUUCAACAUACAUUCCCCGCGACCCUAUCUGGUCUCUAUCGAAUCAGCUUUGGAAAUUCCUGCAACAAAAGACACUCAAAAGAAUAUACACCAACUUCAACUUGUGGUCAUGGUCCACUGAAUUGCAGCACAUCGAAUGAGCUAGAAGUCCGUACUGAUUACUGUCCCUGAAUCAUGACAUCUGAAAUACAAUGUCUCUCUGCAACGAGCCAGAUGUUCAAGCAGUCGGCGACUUGCAUUCAGUCGUCAAAAUUGAAGCUUUUAUCCCCAGCUAUCAGAUGACGAACCAUUGACAAUAUUUCAAUCUUUUAAUCCUCAUUCGGUUAAUACCUACACUAGCCUUUAACCUAUCUCCCAUCGCAUA